AUGGAGAUCGGGGAAGAAGAGAUGCGAAUCAGUCAUAAACACCUUCCUUCCUUCCUCAACCUCCAUCGCUGCUUCAUCACUCCUCAAGCUCGCUUCCUCCUUCGCAAAUGGUUUGCUUUUACCGGUUUACCGAAAAGUUUAAAGAAAGAUGAAUUCAGACCUAAAGAUUUCAACUUUGGCUCGGAUUCGGAUGAGACAUUAGAGGGAGGGAGAAUGGUAGUUGAAGCAGAGAUACGUUCAAAAGAUGCUGCUUUCUCAUGUUCCAUGAGAUUGAAAGGUGAAGACUUUCUUGUGAAUUUCGACACGACGGCUCUUGUUUCUGGGAUUGCUAAUGGAUGGAUGUGCAGAGAGGAUCUUGGACAUGGCUACUUAUCGUUGGAGUCUUAUCUUAUAAAUGAGAGAUGUGUUGUCAGUCAGGGAAGCGAGGGAUUGUGUGUCAGAGUGUUGUUCAAGGAGUUAGUGUCCAUGUAUGGUGGAGCCAAUGAGAAGCACAGAGCUGAGCACUUGUUGAAGACCCUAAUGCUGGUGAAUGACAAUCCCACGGAGCGUGUGAGUGUGAUGGGACUCCCAACUACUAGCAAGUUAGCAAUGAAGAACAAGAUUGUGUUUGGGACAGGUGAUAGGUGGGGAGCUCCUACGUUGACUGCUAACAUGGGGGGGUUUGUUAGAGCCGUAGCUCAGUCUGGCAUGUCUCUCCCUACCAUUCACCAUAGCCCUCCUGCUCUCACUGGUGAUUAG